GUUUCACAGGCGCGCGUUCAUUGGUCGUGACGUAUCCGGGCUCUGUCAAUAUGAUGUUACCACUGAUACAAAUUAACUUGUAACUUCGUCUUAUUAGGAAGGUUACUGGACGCUUGUGACACUGUGUGCAUAUUUAACAAGUUGUCGAAAUGAGUGUUUUUUUCGUGUGACCUUCAUCAGCCCAUUACUUGGAAUAAUUUUCUGCCAUUGUAUCAUUGUGUCAAGUUGUACGAGAACCGUUCGGACGACGACGACAGGUGCCCCCUCUGUCAAAGUGUCCGCGAUAUCUUGGCAUGGCAUUUGCCAGAUGUCACUAGCCUUUCAUUAACAGGGAACGGGGAAAUGAUUGGCAUGUGUUCAUCCAGCUUUCCGAAAGAUGGCUAACAUGGGGAUUCCCAGGCCGAAGGACCAUAUAGCAUGUCAGACCCUGUUGAAGUUGUCGGAGUGCACUCACAGCUCCUGGCUCCGCAAACAAAGCUUCCGGAACAAGGUGCAGCUCUUCCGAUGGCCCCAGGUGUUUGUGGUGCUGAGUGGGGGUUGUCUCUACUACUACCGCAACGAGACGGCCAAGACACCGGCAGGAUCCUUCUCCUUAUAUGGGUACAAUAGUGUUAUCAGGGCAUCGGAUAUCCCCCCCACUGAUGCACCAUGGGCCUUCAAGGUGAUCCACACGCACCAGGAGUACAAGACAUACCUGUUCUCUGCCUCCUCCGAGUUAGAAAUGAAGGACUGGAUGAAGAAGAUCAAGAAGGAACUGAAGCUGGCCAACAACCAGAACAUCCGCUUGGCGGCCGAUGGGCAGGAUGACGACAACAUAUCAGAGACGUACCAGGACAUCGAGGCAAAGAUCUACGAAGAUCCACACUCGUUCGUGGUGCCUAAAGACUAUAAUAAUAGGAAGAAUAACGAUUUUACUGAUGAUGAUGAUCUCUAUCGACUUAGAGAGCCAGCAGCGCCCCCUGUUCCACCGAGGGAGGGAGCCAGGGCAAAGAAAGGAGACAUGCACACGACAAAAAAUGUACAGGAUUUAUCUAAGGAAUUGAAUUCAAAGUUGGACCUUACUAAACAACGGACAAGAGCGGGAUAUUUAAGGGGCACAGGAGAAGGUGGUGGUGAGAAGAGGAGGGAUUCAAAACAAAAGAGGGGGAGCCCCGAUGGCGCCAGUAUUAAACAGAAGACUACCGAAGUGGCACACGGACCAAUAGAAGAUGAGGAGGAAGAAGAGGAAGACAUUGACCCAGAGAAGUACUGGGCAGCCAUUCACUUCAUGGGUGCAGAAAAAGACAAAGCUAGCGAAAUAAUCCGACAAUUAGGAGAAGAUGGAGUAUAUUUAGUCCGGGAUGGAGGUGACGGAGGGAAAGUCUUGGUUGUUUUUGCGGGUGAUAUGCCAAGAAAAUUUAAGAUAGAAUACAAGAGCAGCUACUACUUUCUAAACAGCAAGAAAGACAUCUACUUUGAAACCUUAGAAGAACUAAUGCACCACUACUAUGACGCCAAUUUACCUGGGUACAAAGUGUCUUUAGCAACGCCAUUCCAGCUUCAUCCAAAGUUCAAGCCUGGUAUGAUGUAGCCUGCUGUGGGCGCAGUAGCAGGCCUUGAAUGUGGACCUCCGUUAAACUGUAUGGUGAUAUGUUUCAAACUUUACUUGGAGGAUUCUUGUGAGGGGUGUCAUGGAAGCACUAACUGGUGUAUGAUUCUCAAAUCAAAGACUCUUGUGCUGGAAGAUACCACCCACCUGGCAGAUGUCCUGGAAAGUGAAUUCAUUUGAUGACAGAUGAUUUCCAGGGGUAGUAACUCUGUUACCAGCUUCGUGAUGUGUUUCAUUCUCUUCAUCUGUUGCUAAGCUGAAAAAGAAAACUGUUUGUUUCUAUAUUGUUUGAGCAUAAUCAGCUUAACAACAUCCCUUUCUUUCAUUGCCAAUUAUGAUAUAUUAUCCACCAAACAACUGAAGUGUAUUUAGAGUUGUCUACCCUUGUUUGACUUAAAUUUGAAGGAUUGACAAUUGGAUACAAGACAGAUUUUAUUUCGUCAACUUUCCAUGAUAAAGGAUUUUAUUUUUGUUACCAAUAAGAGGUCAUUGUCAAACACUGCCGUUAGGCUUCCAGACCUAAAGGGCUUAAUGCAACUUAGAGAUGUCAAGAUGAAUUCCAUCUUUGCAUACAACAAUAUUUUUGUUUCAGCAAGAUGUCUAACAUUGCAUAAACCUAUUGCUGCUAGAAUUCCAUUGUUGCUAGAUGACGAGAGUGUUGGAUUAGAGUGAUGAUGAUUUAGAAAGAUCAAGAUCUCUUCAUAGGCAUAUUACAGUUACCGUAUUUGCAGAGAUUUUAUCUUUAGUUACAUAUUUUAAUUUCAUAUUUUAGAUACUUUUAUAUACUAUAGCAGCAUCAACAUUUUUGUUGGUAAUGAUUAAUGGCUACUCGCCUAUGUGAGCUGAACAUAUCAUGUCUAAAGGCAGUGUCUAGUUUAUGAACAACAAAUAUUAACAAAGUCUUUGGUACUUUCUAAAUGGACCAGUUACAAGAAAAAUAGUUAGGCUUGGUCUGUUAUUGCGAAGGGGUAGGGAGGGGGUCUUUUUUUGUUUCACUAAUGAAAACAAUUUCACUCUCCUAAUGUUUGUUAUAUUUACAUGACCCUCCCUAAAAAAGACAAAAUGAAAACGAACUUUAUGUUUUAUUAUAGAAUGUCCAUUUGUUAUCAAAAUAAUUCAUCCAGAUCCUUAUGGUUAAUUCUGACCGAUAGACAAGGGAGGUGGAUGCUGGGAAACACUGAAAGUAGUACCUACGUAAGUUUUAGUAUCUGCAUAUUUAUCCGUAUAUGACCCUUACCGAUACGGUUUUUAUCCAUUGACUUUAUCUUGCUGAUAAGACCAACUCAUUGUAUAAUAAAUAUUCUGAACAGGAUGGUGCAACAUCAAGGUCAGUAGCCAGUGGUUGUUUAAGCAGAACUCUUUUAUUUAUGCCCAAAUAUUAUUAAAUUAAUUGCGUGUACAAAUACAAUUUGUUUUUAUGUCCAGAGAAUGAUGCCAGGGGUGAAUUGAAUUUAAGCACAAAAUAUCUGUUCAGCCAAAUACAUUAGUUUUCAUUUCAUUUGUUCAGGGUGUUUUAAAGUUAAUUAGACAGGCCAUUCCGUGAAACAAGGAAACCCUUGUUCUGGCCUCGUGCUGUGUGUGUAAUACUGGUGAGUAAAUGAUGUGUACAAGAUCAAACGUACGCUUGCAACUGUUUGACACAUUCGAGGUCACUCCAAAAAAGUCAUGUUAGUCUUCACUUAAAAAAUGUCUUGAUUAUUUUAGAAGUCUUAAGUCAUGUUUGUGUAGUAAUUUAAUACCUAUAAGCCAUUUGUCAAAAGACUUGGGGCGGUGGGAUAGCCUAGUGGUUAAAGCAUUUGCUCAUCACGCCGAAGACCUGGGUUCGAUUUUCCCACAUGGGUACAAUGUGUGAAACCCAUUUCUGGUGUCCCCCGCUGUGAUAUUGCAGGAAUAUUUCUAAGAGCGACAUAAAACCAUACUUACUCACUCACUUACUCAAAAGACUUAGAUAACUUUGCAGUUUAGAUUGAAGGUUUGUUGAUGACCAGAGUAGCAGCAACCCCAAGAAAAGGAAUGUCAGUUGGAAGUGGUUUGUAUGAAUAUGUUUGUAAGUCUUACUUCUUGCUAAUUACUGCUAGUCAAACAGUAUUUACUUUAUAAACCACAUUGCAUAAUGAAGCACCUGUUGACAUACAGAUGUAGUUCCCCAUAGCUGUGCUUAGAAAACAGAUUUAAUACACAUCAGGGAUAGGCUAAAACCAGUGUAGUUAGUGUUGCAGGAAAGUGACCCGGAGCCCAGUGCUGGUGUUACCUGUUAUACUGUGUCACCUGAUGGCACCCUGGAUAUUGUACUGUUACACAUGUCCACAGUUCAUUCCAUAAUAUAUCAUGCAUGAAGUACAAGUGACACAUUUUGAAAUAUCUAUAAACUAUUUUAUGGUUGUUGUACGAGCAUGUAGUGGAGGGCCAUUGAAUGCAGCUUGCUUGCCCCACUUCCUGUUUCAAAACAUGGUGUCUUCUGUUCAGCUGCCCAUGUAAUACAGGAAUAUGUCUUUUUCAAUACUUAAUGUUUUUCUCAGGGGAGUCCAAAUGUUGACCAGUAAACCCUCAAACUAUGUUAUUGAUGAUAAACAUCCAUUUAAGGGGAGGGCAUCUGUUGGGAGAACAGAUAUUUAUUGCCUGUUCAAUAUUCCAAGUGGGACCUACGAAGGAAUAGUGUAGUUGUGGUGACUGAUAAGUCUGGAAACUAUUACUUAUACUGAGUAAGGAACAUGGGAAGCCAUGUGGUGACUGAUAAGUCUGGAAACUAUUGCUUAUACUGAGUAAGGAACAUGGGAAGCCAUGUGGUGACUGAUAUGUCUGGAAACUAUUACUUAUACUGAGUAAGGGACACGGAAAGCCAUGUGGUGACUGAUAUGUCUGGAAACUAUUACUUUUACUGAGUAAGGAACAUGGGAAGCCAUGUGGGGACUACAGGUGGCUGUGCGGAGUUGUACCAUGCUCUGCUGGGUUUGAAUCCCAGAUUGUCCCUAACCCUGAUACACACCCAUGUGCCCUUCGCUGACAUGUGUAAGUGUGUAACACCUGCGCCACUGUGGACAUGUCCCCCUCAUUAGACUGAUCCACUGGGAUGUAACUGUUGAAAACAGUGUUGCAACUCACUCACUCACUGAUAGUGGGUCAACAAUGCAUGACAUGUUUGGAGCAAACUGAAGAAGCAGACAUACUGUUUUCACAAGUGCAACAUUUUAGUGUUUGUAAUAUAAUAUCUAUAUUAUUCUGUGUCAAUGAUUGAGCAUAUAUUUUAUUUGUGUAUUUUUUUUGUAUUGUCAGUGUGAUGCAAUCUGAACUGUUGAAACAUGUAACUCUGAUUCAAAGCCCGAAAUCACUACUUUUUAACAGUUAAUGACUACUUCUCUUCAUCACAAGUUUUGACAUGGCAGGAUAUCCAUUUGAAACCAUCAUGCUUCAAGUUUCUUGGCAUUGAAUACUUUAGAACAAUGGUAAAUCUGAAAAUUAAUGUCUUUGUCAGCAGCACUCUGGUUGUAAAGGUGUGACAAGUUCCAUGUGUUUACCCCAGUAGAGAGAAGUACAUGUAUGACUACCCUUGUAUACAGACAUGUUGAUUUACUGUAAUAUAUGUUAAAUACUGCAGAUAUUUGCAUUGUAAACAUAUUGUACACUUAAUUCCAAGGAAUAUAGGCUUUUAUUCUUUUACAUCACUUUAACUGCUGAUUUUCUCAUCACAACAUGCACAGUGCUUUAGAACAAAAAAAAUGUUCAAAAGAAAUCAUAGCAUAUACUGAUGGAAAAAAGUAAGGGAAUGCCUGGUAAUAUUGCAGUUGUAUAUACACGCUGUGGUCAAUACAAGGUUUAUGUGAAGCUAGGAUUUAGUAUCUUCUCUACUUUGCCAAACAUGGAAGUAGCAAGCGAGUUUGACUUUACGCCACUUUUAGCAAUAUUCCAGCAAUAUCACGGUGGGGGACACCAGAAAUGGGCUUCACACAUUGUACCCAUGUCGGGAAUCAACUGGGGGUUUUCAGUGUGACAAGCGAACGCUUUAACCACUAGGCUACUAACAUGGAAGUACUGUCUGUGCAUGUAGUGUGUUCACUAAAAAUAUCCUGCUAUUUGACAUAAUAAUGCUUAUCUGUAGGGUUCUUCCUUUACAGUUGCCACGGUUAUUAUGUUUCUAAGUUUGUCAGCACAAUACUGCUGCUACGUUUCAGCAAUGUCUAAGGCCUGCAUCACUUUUGCCUAGCCUCCCACAUCAUGCUGACAGAAAGUUAUAUUGUUCACAGGGGUGAUAAAACAAACUCACUCACCUUCUUGUUCCAUUACUUCUUCCAUCAGUAUAUGUUCAGCUGUCAAAAUGCUAUUUUUAUCUAUUACCUAUUAGCCUGGUUGAGUUUACUAUAUACCUAGAGGUAUGUUACAGUUGAUUAGUCACACUAUCUGCUGCCUGCCAAUGUGACAAUAAUCUCAACUCUGUUCUAUGAUUUUAGUGAUUGUUUAAAUAAAGUGAAGACGUAUGACAGUA